GUCCUCAGUCUGUCAGUUGGCUGACCGUUGUUGUUACUGCUCAGUACAGCUCUCUAACUUGCUCUCUGUCUCCAUGACAACUUGCUGUCAUGAAGACGUCGCACUCGCCACGCACCUGAGAUCCGGAAGGAGGAAGUGCCUGGUCCCGCCCACGUCGAAUUCUGCAAGGAAUCCAGACAGGAGGCGCCUUGACAGCAAACAAGAGGCCGGAGAGAACCUGACAGACAGAGCAAAAGGAGGAGAGAAGGAGGAAGAGAAGAUGAGAAAGUGACAAGCUGGAUCAUUGCUUUUGAACGGUGGCAGAAGAACCAAAACGACGGCACUGUGAUUACACGUCCCAUCAUCCUACAGGCCCCAGAUCUGAUUGGAUGGUUUUGUCAGAAUGACAGCCGAAGAUCCCGCUUCCUCCUCGACCAUGAGCAAUAACGCUGCCCCCAAACCCUCCAAACCUGCUGGUGCCUCCCACCACCCUCUGCAUGGACAGAUAAACAUCCCUGAAGGAGUUGCAGGUGCUCCCAAUGAGGCUGCACUGGUGUCCCUGAUGGAGCGCACUGGCUAUGGUAUGGUCCAGGAAAAUGGUCAGCGUAAAUAUGGCCCUCCUCCUGGUUGGAAUGCUGCAACUCCACCACGUGGAUGUGAAAUCUUUGUGGGCAAGAUCCCACGGGACGUUUAUGAGGAUGAGCUGGUCCCAGUGUUUGAGUCUGUUGGACGCAUCUAUGAGAUGCGGCUGAUGAUGGACUUUGACGGGAAGAACAGAGGGUAUGCAUUUGUGAUGUACACAGAGAAACAUGAGGCCAAGCGUGCUGUCCGUGAGCUCAACAACUAUGAAGUGCGGCCCGGGAGGCUGUUGGGGGUCUGUUCUUCCGUGGACAACUGUCGUCUUUUCAUUGGUGGCAUCCCCAAGACCAAAAAGCGUGAGGAGAUUCUGGAGGAGGUCUCCAAGGUGACGGAAGGGGUACUAGAUGUGAUAGUUUAUGCCAGUGCUGCAGACAAGAUGAAGAACAGAGGCUUUGCCUUUGUAGAGUAUGAGUCACACCGUGCAGCUGCCAUGGCUCGCAGGAAGUUGAUGCCUGGGCGUAUUCAGCUUUGGGGCCACCAGAUUGCAGUGGACUGGGCUGAACCAGAGAUUGAUGUAGACGAAGAUGUUAUGGAGACAGUGAAAAUCCUCUACGUAAGAAAUCUUAUGAUGGAGACCAGUGAGGAGACGAUCAGACAGGUUUUCAGCCAGUGGAAUCCUGGAUGUGUUGAACGUGUGAAGAAAAUCCGUGACUAUGCCUUCGUCCACUUUACUUCUCGGGAUGAUGCUGUUAUGGCCAUGGACCACCUUAAUGGCACAGAGGUGGAAGGGUCCUGCAUUGAGGUGACACUCGCCAAGCCAGUUGAUAAGGAGCAGUACUCGCGUCAGAAGGCCUCCAAGGGAGCUUCUGCCACUCCAGAGCCUACUCAGCAGAACUAUGUCUACCAGUGUGAUCCCUAUACAUUGGCCUACUACGGUUAUCCCUACAACACUCUCAUUGGACCCAACAGAGACUACUUCGUCAAAGGAUCCCCAAUGAUACAGAACAAUGCAGGUACUGUGCGAGGUCGUGGUCGUGCUGCUGCAGGUAACCGUACCCCUGGACCACGGGGGUCAUACCUGGGGGGUUACUCUGCUGGUCGUGGCAUCUACAGCCGCUACCAUGAGGGCAAGACCAAGCAGCCCGAAAAGCCCUAUGAGCUGAUGCCCAGUCUGGAGCUCGCUGCCUCUGUCAACCCCGUUGGCAUCAAACCUGGCACAAUGGCAUUGCCAACUCUGGGUGGGCAGUACCCAGUGUUCAGCACGGCUCCUGCAGCCAAGCUGAUGGAGGAGGGGAAGGUGCACACGGUGGAGCACCUUAUCAACCCUCUGGCCAUGCAACACCCUGAGCACACCCCUGCUACUGCUGCUGCUGCUGCCACCGUCCUACCUGCAGUCUCCACCCCUCCACCUUUUCAGGGCCGUCCUAUCACUCCAGUCUAUGCCAUGGCCCAUAAUGUACAGCGUAUCCCAGCAGGUGGUGGCCUGUAUGGAGCUGGAUACGUCCCCAUCACAAACUACGCUGCCAACACAGCAGCUCUGGCCGCUCUGCAGAAGAAUGCAGCGGUGGCGGCUGCAGCAUAUGGCGGAUACGCAGGCUAUGCGGUGCCACAGGCCUUUCCCGCCGCAGCCUUCCAGCUGCCCAUCCACGAUGUCUACCAGACAUAUUGAGUCUGAGGGUCAGACCACGUUAAAAAAAAAGUUUAACCCCUGCUUGUGACUGAACCAUCACCACAAUGUCUGUUUUAUCAUACAGAAACAUCACUUGAACACAUGGACAUCCAAAAGCUCUAAAGGAAGGAAGCAAACAUUUAGAAAACGGACAGAAAAACAGUGACGUCACACAUCUGUCCCACCUACUGGCCUCGGUAUGUACUGGACCAAAGGCAACUAUAUGACAGGCUUAGUUAUGCAGCAUCACUGUAGUCCACACACUGAGGGAACCUACCUGUACGUGGUGACAAUCAUCCCCCAACAAUAAGCAUUAACUCCUAAUAACAAUCGUCUCUCUGUCUUGCUCUAUGUGUCUCUGACCCCCGCCAUCUUGUUGCUACGGCAACAGAAACACUGAAGGUACAUUUGAGUAUUUAUGAAGAGAAGAUAAAUAUUUAAGGUUUUAUUCUCUGUAGAUUAUUAAUGGAGCGACAUUUGUCCUCUGAAGCAGGAAAGAUAGACCUUUACACUGUCUAAUAUUUUUUUAACUGUAAAAGCUUGGGGGCAAAAAGAAAGAGAAAUUAAUUGAAAGAAAAUAAAAAUACAACAGGAACUACUGACAAGAGAGGAUUCCACUGAAGACAACUGCUUUUGGAUAUACUAAUGCUUUGUUUGCAUUAUUAUAUAGUAUUUUAGCCAAUUCUACAUGCUGUAGGUGAUGCUGUCCGUCCAUGCUGGUUGAAUGUGUAAGCUUCAAACAUGCCUGUUUGGUACGUUUUGGUUUUAUUUAGUUUCAUUUUUAUUUUGGUUGUUUUAAAUGAAGGUUUCUAAGUGUUGUGUUUAUUUGCUUAUAAUUAGUUUGCUUGUUUUCAUGUCUCCUCUUUAACUUUUGGAAACAUAUUAUCUUGGUUUGUUUGAAGAAAAAGUUGCUAGCCAAAUAAUAUUAUUGUGGCAGAUUCCUUUGGGAACAAAUACUAGAAAAAGAAAACUGGAAAUGUUUUUGAACAUGAUUUAUGUAUAAGCCUGACAGACAGCGACACCAUGUAUACUGAGAUGUUCUCCAUCCUCAGAAACUGCGCUGACAGGGGACUCAGACUGAACAGAUGUUAGUUGUUUUUUUUUUCUCUCAUUUAUGUAUGUCUUUAUUAUUGUGUUUUUGAAUUGUUUUACUUUUGAAAGCUGAACAAAUAUGGACAGAAAUAAGAGACAUUUUUUCUAUGUGGGCUGGGACACUCUGCCACUUAAGCGCUCCUGCAUUUGCUGAUAGUAGCCAAAAAAAAAACAAAAAACAAAAAAAAACACUUGAAGGGAUGGUUCAGAUUGUUUUGAAGCAGGGUUCAUCAAUAUCAACUUAAAGUGUACCCUAAAUUAAGAGUGUUUCCACUGCUUUACCGUAAUGCCAGACAGUGAUUUUCAAUGGGAAAAUGAAGCCGUUAAAUCACUCUCCUUAAAACCAGUCUCCAUUGAGAAAAACAGUGAUUUAACAUUGCGGAACACAGUAGCUGCUGGUCCACCACUGCCACAAACAAUGAUUUUGUUUGUGUUGUUGGGAGACUUUGGCAUUUAAAAGAGAUAGUUCGGAUUCACCAAAGUCAUACGGUAAUACUAACUAAUUUAUCGAAGGAGCGGUAGACCAGCAGCUCCUGUGUUCAGCAAGAUAAAAUUACUGUUUUUCUCAGUGGAGUCUGGUGGCUUUCACGAGAGCAUGGAUGGCGAGCUGAAACCCUUAACAGCUUCCCUGUUGAAACAGGCUGUCUGUCGGAAAGGUAAAGCAGUGGAAAAUACUCUCAAUGUAAUGUGCACUUAACCUGAUAUUGAUUUUUUUAGGAGGUAUAUUUUAUGUGGCUAAAAUCUGUUUUGCUGCUGACCCUUCCACAGCAGUACAUUGUUAAGCUUCUGUGUCUGCAUUCCAGCCUGCGUGUCCUAACUGGGGUCAUGCCGACUGACAUCUACUGUAUGUAACCCACUGACUAUGCAUAGGUACCUCAUACAACCACACUUCAAAAAAUCUGAACUAUCCCUUUAAGGCCACAUACACUCCAGUUUCCUGAUAUCAGAAAGAUUCUAUGUGCCUGACUACAGUGCCUUACAUCUGUAUGUGCCACCUUGUGCUUUUCACUGUGCCUUUUGUAACAAUGUGAAGCCCCUGAGGUUGGCACAAAGAGGAAAGAUCUGUGCAUGGCGCCAGAGUUUCCUCCACUGAUAUUUCCAAUAAUUUAUGGUAUUACUGUGUUUUGGUGAGACAAGUAGGUUUCAGUCUCUGCAGUCAGAUGUGACAAGGCUACCUCUAUCCUGUAGUCUCUUCUCUGAGCGCUCCUGCAGUAACACUCCUUAGGCCUCUUUAUUUCUCGUCCUCCAAACUGUGCUUGACCGAGGUGCACUUAAAUGUAUUUAUAAAAGGCAAGAGAUUGUGACUCCUAGAUGAAGAGAUAUUGAAUGCUGAGCAUGAAUUAAUGUAUGAACUGGGCCAGUUUGGGCAUUUCUCAAUUACUGUAUGUGUGACAGAGUUUUCCUCGCAGGUAAAGCAUUAAAAAAUUUCCCCUCCUGAAUGUUUAGUAGGCACUUUUUAAACUCUGCGGUGUGUUGAAAACAAGUUUGGAGUGGGAAAAACUGGAGCGAUACCUCACGCUGAAAUAUACAAGUAGCCAUGCACGUAUGUGCUAUAACACACAAACAUAAUGGAUGCAAGCAACUGCUGAUCAUAAAGUCACAUGCUGCAUUAACCAUCUUUGUAUAACAGAGUGCAAAACAUUUGUAAUUGUCAACCAAUUCUGGUAGUUUUGCCUUUUCGAACCCAAAUGUUUUGUUGGGGUUAUUCUCUGCUUAGAAGAGAAUAUUCUAAUUUUCUAUCACCUCCUCAGAUUUUUACUAAAGUUUGUACACACAAACAUACUGGGUUUGUCUUUGAAGAUGGCCUGAAUCAUAAACUACAUUUCAUGUCCAACAGAUUGAUUAUCCACAGCAAGCAAGAUGUAUUUGUCUCAUCUACACCUCUUUGCCACCUCUCUCUCCUCUGAAACUGGAUUUGACGUAGAAAACAAACUGCUGAUAACUGCUUUAUUAUUUUCCUGUAUGAUGAUAAUAAGUCAGGAUAUAUUUAAUAUAUGCAUUACGUGUUUUGUCUAUGAAGUGAGAAGAAAAGGUAUAAUAUAUUCUAAAACGUAUUUCUUUUCUUUAUGUACACCUUUUUUAGGGAUGAAAAGUCAGAGUAACAAAAGUAGAGAAAAAAACUUUUUUUUUUUUUUUUUGCCAAAGUGUCCAAUAGUUUUUAAAAAUUCAAGGUUAUUGUGUUUUUGUUAUGUUUAAUAUUCUGUUUGCUAUUUUGUACUGGAUGUGGUGUUAUGAGUGGGAACAUGAAGGCCUUCUCGUUUAGCUACGUUUUAUCAGUUAUGACUAAAAACUAAAACUCCAUUGCUGUGUUUAAACCCAUUGGCACAGUGAGCUAUUGGUGUUGCAACUUCACUGAUUGUGUCAGUUUUGGCUAAACUGUUAAAAGUCUGAUCGUGAUUUAACAGCCAUCCAAACUUUAUGUGUUAGACCGCAGGAAACGGUGUCCCUCUGUUUCUGCCUCCCACUCAAAACACCUGCUUUACUUUCUAUUGCCUGCAUUUCACCCACACUACAGCAGCAGGAUGAACUUGUGCUCCUUGUGUCAGUGGUGUGGAUCGACAUAUGCCUAGUUUAACAUAGGUGUUACCAUUUAAACUCCUCCUAGUGUGUGCCUUAUUGCCAAGAUGUGCCCUUUGCUAUACCUUUGUAGACCUAUGCAGACUGUUUUCUAUCUAAAGGUUUGUUUUUAAAAAAAAAGCUUGUUCUGUACUGUCAUAUUUAUAGUGAAAAAGUAGAUAAAUAAAGCAUUUUCAAAAGGAA